AGUCACAGCCCCAGUCACAGCCCCAGCCCCAGUCACAGCCCCAGCCCCAGUCACAGCCCCAGUCCCAGCCCCAGUCACAGCCCCAGUCACAGCCCCAGUCACAGCCCCAGUCACAGUCCCAGUCACAGUCCCAGUCACAGCCCCAGUCACAGCCCCAGCCCCAGCCCCAGUCACAGCCCCAGUCACAGCCCCAGUCACAGCCCCAGUCACAGCCCCAGUCACAGCCCCAGUCCCAGCCCCAGUCACAGCCCCAGUCACAGUCACAGCCCCAGUCACAGCCCCAGUCACAGCCCCAGUCACAGCCCCAGCCCCAGUAACAGCCCCAGUCACAGCCCCAGUCCCAGCCCCAGUCACAGCCCCAGUCACAGCCCCAGUCACAGCCCCAGCCCCAGUCACAGCCCCAGUCACAGCCCCAGUCCCAGCCCCAGUCACAGCCCCAGUCCCAGUCCCAGCCCCAGCCCCAGUCACAGUCACAGCCCCAGUCACAGCCCCAGUCACAGCCCCAGUCACAGCCCCAGCCCCAGUCACAGCCCCAGCCCCAGUCACAGCCCCAGCCCCAGUCACAGUCCCAGCCCCAGUCACAGCCCCAGUCACAGCCCCAGUCACAGCCCCAGCCCCAGUCACAGCCCCAGUCACAGCCCCAGUCACAGCCCCAGUCACAGCCCCAGCCCCAGUCACAGCCCCAGUCACAGCCCCAGUCACAGCCCCAGUCACAGCCCCAGUUACAGUCACAGCCCCAGUCACAGCCCCAGCCCCAGUCACAGCCCAAGUCCCAGCCCCAGCCCCAGUCCCAGCCCCAGUCACAGCCCCAGUCACAGCCCCAGUCACAGCCCCAGUCACAGUCCCAGUCACAGUCCCAGUCACAGCCCCAGUCACAGCCCCAGUCACAGCCCCAGCCCCAGUCACAGCCCCAGCCCCAGUCACAGCCCCAGUCACAGCCCCAGUCACAGCCCCAGCCCCAGUCACAGCCCCAGUCACAGCCCCAGUCACAGUCCCAGUCCCAGCCCCAGUCAC